AUGACGUGCAAGAUACCUGUGGAGCUGCAGGAUUCCUACCGCAAAAGCGACAGCUAUCCAGAAAACCUCAUCCCUAGCGACAUCUUCACAAACAAGUCCAAGCUUCGUUCCUACAGAAGGCGUCUUGAUGAUGUUGAGAACGACUUUUGUCUUAUGACCAAAAAGGAUGAGGUUAUCGGGACUUUCGAAAUCCCGGUCAUCGAUAUCGGCACUGCUGAUGGUAAAGCACGCGAAAAGCUAUACUUGCAUACACCGGAAAAGGUGACGCAAUGGCUCGCUGCGGACAUAGCGCAAGACACAACCAAUCCCAACGUCCAGCAUGUUGUUGCCCGAAAGAGAGAUCCAAUAUGUCGAUUUAUUAACUUCUAUGGUGAAAGUUCGCGAGACAACUUGAAAACAACUCGGGAUAGCCUCUGCCAGAUUCUGUCGUAUCAUCAAAUCAUGCCCGUAUACCUGGACUUCAUGAUGGUCUUCGGUGGACAGAGUGAUGCCAAGGAUCUCCGUUUCAGUGGCUUCCGCGAGCAGAUACGUCUUAAGGUUCCUGACAGCGGACACUCAGUACCUGAUUUGGGCCGAAGCGGCAAACACUUCCAGUUCUGCUACAACCUGAAAGGCGUACAACACAAAAAGGAGGAUAAUGAGAACGCUCGGCUUGAUGAGUGGUCGAUUCGAGAUGCUGCAAUCUACCACCGGUUUGAUGUGGAGUAUGGGACUACAUUGUGGAUCGUUACCAAAGGCGGCAGAGACUUGCGCGACCGUUACGAAGAACUCACUAGACCAAGUGGUCGACCAGGUGAUGCGAUGCAUAAAGACCCGACAUCCUGUUUUCGAUCAACGCUGAUGACACACUUGCUUUACUGUCAGUGGUCCACAGAGGACUGGAGAUGGUACAUCGUUUGGCUCGAGGAAAUGGUUGGAGAAGAAAGUAAUAUGGCCGUCGAUGGGCUCCGUGCCUCAGGUCUUGCAUACAGACAGUACGAGGCAUGGGAAAUUCAACAUCUGCAACACUGGCAAGACAAAGCCAAUGAAGCGGUUAUGGUCUUGGAGGCCAACGCCAAGAUCCUAAGGACUCUACACAAGUUUUAUUCAAACUUGGUCGCGCACAGGGACUUCCCUGAAACAUUGAGAGUAUCCUGUGAAGAUCAAUUGUACGCUUUCUUUUCCGAACUCGACGAGAUCAGCGGCGAGUUUGAUAUGCAACUAGCUCGAGCAAAGCUUCUAGUGAAUAUCACCAGCGACAGGAAGCAGCUUGUACUGCAGCAUCUGCAGAGUCAAGUGUCCGACAGAACCGAACAGCUGAACAAGAAUCUCGAACGAGAGGCAGUUGUUAUGCGUAUCAUUACAAUCCUGACUUUGAUCUACCUUCCGGCCACAUUUGUCUCAACUCUCUUUAGCACCGACAUCGUCAAGUACCAAGAUCAGAAUCAAAUCUCGGUCAAUUACGAGAACGGCUCGUUCUCCACACUCGCCUUGAAGCGAUGGCUCCAGGUUACGAUACCACUAACUGCCUUGACACUGUUCGGUGCUUGGUCGACAUAUCGAUUCUAUGACGCAUCGGCAAGACAACUGGCUUUCAUUCCGCGCUUGAAGCGUGCAGUCCUGCAUUUGACACCAUCCGAAUCAAGUUCCUACGUUCAGACACAAACCGGCGAUCUUUCUGCCAACCAGAACGCAACAAAUAAGGGUCCGAUAAAACGUUUGGGUGCUUCAAUAUCUCGUUUCACUUCGAGCCUACAGCAGUUUGGAAAGGACCAUCCUAUUUUACCUCGAUAUAAAGGCAGUCCAUCUAAAUAUGGCUGA